UAUUUGAUAUUUAGAAUCUACCGGCAGCGAUCCCCAGUCAGACUAACAAACAAACUGGAUCCUGCAUCGAAUUUUAAUUUUUCUUCCUUAGUUUCCACAUCCAAAAUAGUACGGCAAAAGCAACAAAGGUUUCUGCAAUCUAUAUUCGUCAAUUUGAAUGUUACAGACCUGAUACCUGCAGAACAUAAAUAAAAUGGCUGAACAGAACAGAAGACUUAGUGGAGGAGGAGAUGAAGCUGACCUCAACGAGAGGCGUGGACUAAGAAGAGAUUACAGAGAAUUGAUUGCUGAAACAAACAGAGAAAGUUCCGAGCUUGUUAGACCUGAAUCUGAUGGCCUGAGUGGGCUAUUGGACCGCGGUGAUGAAUUGUUUAGUCAUGUCAUUAGACUGGCUAACAGAGCCCCGACCUUAGAAGCUGCCUUAGAUGCUCAGUUCUUGAGGACAGCUGCCAGCCUUGGCUACCAGAAAGCCAAGAAACUCCAUGUCGACAACAAGUUUGACCCUAAGGUCUUUGUUCAAAAGCUGAUAACUUUCAUGGACUGUAGAAGACUUGGUAAUGAUAUUGAGAUAGAAGAAGAACAUUGGAUUAAUUUAGGCAGAGCUGCAGCACCAGCAUUCCGCAAUGCUACCAGCUUUCAGUUCCUGCUUGGUGCCUUCGAACGUGAACCUCCUCGAAAAACCAAGAAAAGCAAAGAUAAAAAUGCUGAAGAACAAGCUGGCCCUACAACAGUUGCCAAACAGGUCAAAGACAAGGAUAAGACUCCAACUGAGGUAACUUCAGAGGAGGUUGAGAAGUUGGUGGCCAUUCUGCGGCAAGUCUGUGACAGUGGUGACGGAUCAUAUGAACCUAUCUCUUACUUCGAUUUGGUCAUCAAUCCCGAAUCAUUCAGCCAAACUGUGGAAAACAUUUUCCACUUAUCCUUUUUGCUAAAGGAUGGCCAUGCUAAAGUGUACUUGGACGAUGAUGAUCUUCCAGUCAUAGUUCCUUGUAUGCCAUUCAACGAAGACCAAGGAAAUGGACGAGUUGUCAAGAAGCAGGUCCUGGUCUCUAUUGACAUGGACCAAUGGAAAGAGCUUAUUGAAGUGUUUGAUAUCACCGAACCUCUCAUUCCGACAAGACAUGAAACCAAGCAAAGUAAUGGGCAUCGGUAGUUUCUACUUCAGCACAGUUAGAACUAUUCUGUGAAAUGGAUUUUGAAGAAGUCACCUAGAUGCAAUGACUAUUUCUUUGAUGCCUUGAAGGAAAGACUGUUUUCAUGAAGCCUGGAAGCUUGUGUUUUUUUUGUCAUACCUGCUAUGAAACCUAAUUGGCAUGUUAGAUCAACAUCGUACAGCUUGCUUUUCAGGUGACCUUCUUCAGCAGAGUACAAAGUUGUC